GUGAAAGGGCAGUGUAGGGGACUAGAGCAGCAGUGUAUAUAAGAUGGUAAUGGUCAGACAGAAUCAUUCAGUUCGACUCUGUCACUGUAACAGCAUGUUGACGAAAGUAGUGUUGGGUGUGGCAGUGGCUGUGGUAGUGUCAGCGCAGCAGCAGUACGACUACGGGCAGACUCCAUCUCCAUCCUUCAGUACUCGAGGGAGUGGAGGCGUGGGUUUUGGAGGGUUUGAUGGCUUUGGUGGUGGAAGGUUUGGAGCGUCGACAGGCUUAGGCCUAGGAGGGCUGACUAGUGUUUCCCAGUUCGGAAGCAAACAGUUUGAUGGAGGGUUUGGAGGUGUAUCUCAACGAGGUUCAUUUGGUGGGGGACUAGUCGGUACUUCAGGCUUAAGAUCAGGAGGCACUAGGGGAUCAGCUGCUGGAGUAUACGGAGGUUCUGCUCUCGGAGGCUUCAGUGGAGCGACAACAGGGUUCACAAGAGCCUCAACUGCUUCAGGCUUCGGAGGACAGACUGCUGUGGGCUUUGGGAGAAGUACUAGUGGAAGUUUUGGACUUACAGGACCUGUAUCCCCCAUUCUAAAGGACGAUCGUCAGGGUCCUGAUGCGUUCGGCAACUACAACUUCAACUACGAGACCGGUGACGGUGUCAGCCGUCAGGAGCAGGGCGUUUCUAAGAGCGAGACUGGCGCAGUAUCAGUCCAGGGAGGUUGGUCAUUUACGUACCCGGAUGGAACUCCUGCUGAUUUCAAGUUCAUAGCAGAUGAAGGUGGUUACCGUGUGGAGUCUCCUCUUCUGCCACCUCUUCCCGCCCACGCUGUCGCCCAGAUCGAGAAAGCUCGUCAGGAAGACGCCGCCGCAGCUGUUGCAGGUGUACGUGGAUCAUACGUGGAUAAUUCUGGAGCCUCUGGCACGGGAUUUGGUAGUUCAUCUGGAGGACGCUUUGCAGGAUCGAGUAGGGCAAGCUUUGGAACCAGAGGUACUUCAACUGGAACAUAUGACGGUUCUUCCGUUAGAGGCUUCACAAGCUCAGCUGGAUCGAACUUUGGAAGUUCAACUGGUUUUGUUGGUGCUACUAGCAGGAACUUUGGAGAGUCAUCUGCAAGCUUCGGAGGCUUAAGGCAAGGAAGCUUUGGCAGCUCAUCUGGUUUUCGAAGCGCUUCUGGAGGCGUAGGAAGCAGCACUCUUGGAGGUAUCCCUGGAAGCUCUGUCGGUUUUAGAAGUGGAGGCCUCGGAGCUUCGUCUCUUGGAGGCUUUGGAAAUUCUGGAGCUCUAAACCCUCUCAUUACCCCUGAAAGGACCUACAGCGCCCCCUAAACACAACCACUCCGCAAGCCAAACCACCGUCUCCAGAAGACCCAUCAACACGAUCUUCAUCAGAGAUUCUUCCUUACUUGAGAUACAUCAAAAUUCAUUUGUUGAUAUCGUGUUGUAGGAUCUUGCUAGUCUUAUUACUGCCAUGACAGGUGAGAUCAAUCUCACAGCUUAGCGCUCGCUCUCCCCUCGUGGGGUCUAUUUUCAAGUGACAUGAAUAAAAACGCUUAUUAGCUGUAAUGUAUUUUGAGGAAUCUUAACCACCCAUUCAGUGCUUUGUUUCCAAUCGUGUUAUUACGAUUUCAUGAGUCAUGAGUAUUCUGAAUAAAUGUAUUAACUUCAUUGCACUCUACUGUACGCCAUUAGCCUGUAGAACUAUAGGAACUCUGUUACCAAUGAUAGUAACAAUACCCUCACAAGAGAAGCUGUUGGAAAGUUUACUUUGACAAUGAUUCGCCUUUACAACAGACUU